AUUUUGAUAACUCAUUUUUACUUUUUUUUUUGAUGUUCUGUAUCAAUAUUCAAAACAAAAGAAAAAAUUAAUUUCAUCCAUUAAAACAACGAAUAAAAUGUCCAAACAACAUCAUUGUGAUCAUAAUUGUAAUGGUCAUAAUUCAUUGAAUGAUCCAGAAAAUCUUGGUAUAUUGUAUAGUUUAUAUACGAAAAUUGAUCUUUCCAAAUUAGAAUGUCUGAAUGAAACUGUUGAAGGUUCAGGUAGACUUGUAUUCAAACCAUGGGAAGAAAGAUUAAAUAUGGAAAAUUUUGUCGAAAGUGAUUGUGAUGAAGAAUUGUUAUUUAAAAUUCCUUUUACAGGUAAUAUUAAAUUGAAGGGAAUCAUUAUUAUCGGUGGUGAAGAUGAAACACAUCCUAGCCGUUUACGUAUAUAUAAAAAUCGUCCUGAUAUGAGUUUUGAUGAUGUCAGUGUUGAAGCUGAUCAAGAAUUUGAAAUAAUGCAAGAUCAAACCGGUACAUUAGAAUAUCCGUUGAAAAUUGUUAAAUUUUCCAAUGUAUUUCAUCUGACAAUUCAUAUACCAAAAAAUUAUGGUGCCAAUACAACUAAAGUUUAUUAUAUUGGUUUGAGAGGUGAAUUUUCACCGACAAAUCGUGAUGCUAUAUUGAUUGCCAAUUAUGAAUUGGCACCAAAUCCGGCUGAUUGUAAAAAUGGUAUCGAAGAAACAAUGUUCCAUCAGGUUCAUUAAAAGUGAUCG